AAAAUAUACUUGUAAUAUUAUUACAUGAUCUUGAAGAUUAUAAAUUCAACCCAAAUUCUAAAUAGAAUUAUAUCUACAACAAACUGUUUAUUUCCAUCAGAAAAUGGAUCCUUUAAUACUUAUCCUCAUCACCCCUAUAAUAUUUUUGGUUCUAUAUUCUCUUACUAAAGUAUUAUAUUCACUUUGGUGGAAGCCAAAAUGGUUGGAAAAGAAACUAAAGCAACAAGGCAUAAAAGGCACCCCUUACACUUUCUUGACUGGAGACAUGAAAGAAUGGGUGAAGCAAGUAGAGGAUGCUUGGUCCAAACCAGCCAACCUUAACCAUCAGAUCGCAGCUCGUGUCGAUCCUUUCACUCGUAGUAUAUCCCAGAAGUAUGGGAAGGUAGCCAUGUGCUGGGCAGGCUCAACACCGAGGCUGAUUAUCAAGGACGCGGAGAUGAUGAAACAAGUGUUAAGUAACAAGGAAGGUCAUUUUGAAAAGCCAUACAUAGACCCACAACUCUUAGUCCUAACUAAGGGUCUUACGACUUUGGAAGGUGAAAAGUGGACAAAACACAGAAGGAUCAUCAACCCUGCUUUCCAUAUAGAGAGGCUAAAGAACAUGGUGCCUGAUAUGGCUGCUGCUUGUGGUGAGUUCAUCGAGAAAUGGAAGAACUUGGCUGGUGCUGAGGGAAGUUGUGAAGUCGACAUCUGGCCUGAGUUUCAGAAUCUGACAGCAGAUGUAAUUUCGAGGACAGCUUUUGGGAGCAACUAUGCAGAAGGGAGACACAUUUUUGAGCUUCAGAAGGAGCUUUUGAAUCUUGUGAUCGAAGCAAUGCAGACGUUGUACAUUCCUGGUCUCAGAUGUAUUCCUACUAAAAAGAAUCGGAGGAGAAAAGAAUUGAGCAAGAUGAUCACAUCAAUGCUCACAGAUGUGAUCAGGAAAAAGGAGAGUGCUGUCAAAGCAGGAGAAUCAAAGGCGGAUGACUUGCUAGGCUUGCUUCUGCUGUCUAAUCAACACAGCAAUGAAGCAGAAAAUGCUACAAUUCUGAAACAUGGCGGGUUAACAACAGAGGAAGUGAUUGAAGAGUGCAAGCAAUUCUACUUAGCUGGCCAAGAAACAACCGCCAGCUUACUUAAUUGGGCUAUGAUAGUGUUAGCUGUGCAUCCAGAUUGGCAAGAGAAAGCGAGAAAAGAAGUCAUAGGAGUUUGUGGGAAAAACUCGAUUGAUUUUGAAGCAACUACUUACCUCAGGACAGUUAAUAUGAUACUUCAGGAGGUUCUAAGACUAUACUCACCUGUCAUUGCUCAAUACCAGCAUACUUACAAAGAAACCAAACUUGGAGACUUCGUCAUCCCUGCAGGAGUUGAUAUUACACUUCCGACACUACUUAUCCAUCACGACCCUGAUAUCUGGGGAGACGAUGUAGAUGAGUUCAACCCAGAGAGAUUUUCUGAGGGAGUUUCAAAAGCAUCCAAAGAGCAACUCGCGUUCUUCCCCUUUGGAUUUGGUCCAAGGACUUGUGUUGGUCAAACUUUUGCUCUUGUUGAAGCUAAGGUGGCUUUAUCUAUGAUUCUACAGAACUUCUCCUUUCAGCUCUCCCCAUCCUACAGUCAUGCUCCCCACACUGUUAUGAUGCUUCAACCGCAGCAUGGAGCUCAUAUAAUAAUGCAUCCUUACCAUGCUCAUUAGUUCAAAAACUUUAAACAUUAAACAAGCUGCAACUUUGUUAUAAAUCUCCUACCAUGUGUAUACUAGUGCUUUGGUGUUGUCAUAAUCUUACUUUUAUAUCUAAAGAACUAGAGUGUACCCGUGCUAUAUACGGAAUAAUACAAGUCUUUUUUUUU